AUGAGCAGCAACACCGUGUUCGCCUACUCCGCGCUCUUGGCUGGGAAGACGGUAGCCCUCUCUAAAUACACGGGUAGUGUAACCGUGAUAGUGAACACAGCAUCACUCUGCAGUUUCACCUCUGCCAAUCUACAGCAGUUAAUUCACGUACAGGAGAAGUAUGCCUCACGUGGAAUGACCGUAUUGGCGUUUCCCUGUGCCCAGUUUGCGAAUCAGGAGCCAAAAAGUAAUGAAGAGAUACUUCAAUGGGCGGAGAAAAUGCAAAUUAACUUUCCAGUGUUUGAUAAGAUUAAAGUAAAGGGACCAAAUGCAGAUCCUUUAUUUCAGAUGCUACAGACAUCACUUGGUCCUAUACGGUGGAAUUUCACAAAAUUUGUUUGUAAUCGCCAAGGUAUUCCAUGUGUUAAACUCUCUCCUAGCUGUACACUUGAAGAACUGGAGAACUCUAUUAAGCAACAGUGCCACUAA